CUUUCCCCACGCCCGCCGCGCGCUGUCACCGCUGCUGGAGGGAAGUGAAAAUGAAAUCGACUUUUCUGAGAAAUGAUGAAAGCGGCGGCGCCUGCCAAUGAGCGGCUGCGGCAAACUUCCGCACCUCUCUGUGCUGCCAGCCCCUGUGCCUCCCCCUUCCCUCGCCCGCCCGCCCUCCCGCUGCACAAACAGGCCAGGGGAGAGAGAGAGAGGGAGGGGGGGAUUUCCAAGAUCCAGCGCCCCGCGGUUUCCUUUUCCUUGUUUUGCUUUCGAUCUGGACUCAUCGCUGCCAAAAAAAGCAGAGGAGGAGAAUUAACUUUUAGUUUUGCUCCUGCGGAUUUAUUCAACCGCCUUGGUUUUCCUUUCCAUUUUGCGUCUCUUGGCAACCGUGGUAACCUUGAGGAAUUACAUUAAUACCGUGAAACAAAGUUCUUGAUCAAAAUGCCAGUGGAGAGGAUGAGGAUGCGGCCAUGGCUAGAGGAACAAAUAAACUCAAACAAAAUCCCAGGUCUCAAAUGGCUAAAUGAGGAAAAGAAGAUUUUUCAGAUUCCUUGGAUGCAUGCUGCCAGGCAUGGGUGGGAUGUUGACAAAGAUGCACCUUUAUUUAGAAACUGGGCCAUUCACACAGGGAAGUACCAGCCAGGAGUCGACAAAGCAGACCCAAAGACAUGGAAGGCAAACUUCCGGUGUGCAAUGAACUCCUUGCCUGAUAUUGAAGAAGUCAAAGACAAAAGCAUCAAAAAAGGAAACAAUGCAUUCAGAGUGUACCGGAUGCUGCCAUUAUCGGAGAGGCCAUCUAAAAAAGGAAAGAAACCCAAGUCAGAGAAGGAAGAAAAAAUGAAAGAAAUUAAGCAAGAACCAGAGGAAUCAUCUUGUGAACUAAGUAAUGGAACAUGUCAGGGGUUUUCUGAUUACUGUUUACCUUCCACAAUAAAAACAGAAAUUGACAGUACAAUAAAUAUUGUAGUGAUAGGAGAUUCACAUUUUGAGGAUGCUGAUGAUGAUCAUAUGAUCGUUCCCAACCCUCCUGAUGUUUGCCAAGUAGUGGAGGUGACAACAGAGUGUGACGACCAGCCCAGCAGUAUGAGUCAACUAUACCCACUACAGAUCUCCCCGGUCUCCUCCUAUGCUGAGAGUGAAACAACAGAUAGCAUCCCAAGCGAUGAAGAAAAUGCACAGGGCCAGCUUCAGUGGCAAAAAGAAAACAUUGGCGGCAAACAGUACUAUAGCAACAUGGGGACAAGGAACCCCCCUUACCCACUUCCUGGCAUGGCUACCUUUGUGACUUCCAACAAGCCUGACCUCCAGGUCACGAUCAAAGAAGAAAGCUGCCUUCUGCCUUACAACAGCACGUGGCCUUCUUUCCCAGACCUCCCCCUGCAACAGAUCAUGUGCUCAGCAUCUACCAGUUACAGCAGCAGACCAGACCAUGAAAACCGGGCAAGUGUCAUUAAGAAAACAUCAGAUAUUACUCAGUCACGAGUCAAGAGCAGCUAAGCUAUGAACUGGCCUGUUCCCACCUGAUUUUGUGUGUGAUGUCUUUGAGGAGCACAUGUGAUGUACAUUGAACAAAUCGAAGGGAAAAGCCUUUGCAACAUGAUUGUGUCCAACUCCAGUACUGGAGCGUUUCAAACUCAGGACUCCAGCCAUCCGAAUGUAGACAAGAAGGCAGGAGGAAUUCCAGGGUUCCAGCCGAGGAAGAGAAAGGCCAGCUUUGGUAGGUUCUAGUUCUUCUUCAAGAGGACCAACAGCCCCCACAAAUGGAGUCGCUGCACUUCUGCAGCCAAGGCCACAGUGGGACUGAAAGCCUUGGAAUGGAAGAGAAAAUGUGAACUAGCUGGAUUUUUUAAAAAAAAAAAUCUAUUGUGAAUAUGUACAUAGCGCAGUACUAGCAGUCUGCAGUCUGCUUUUGCACCUUAUUAAAAAGCACUUGCAAGAAAAGGCCUUUCAUUAUUUUGCUCUACUUAAUGGCACACCAGCAAUGCAAUCUGAUUUAGUGCUACUCCAGUCGAGCAGUGCAGUCCUAAACAGGGUAAUUAAAACUUUGAAAAGUGAAACUCUGCUUAGGACUGAUUUAGACUGGUGUAAUUCUGCAUGGGAUUGCACUGUUAAAGACCUUCCUACUGCUUCCAACUUGACUUUUUCCCAAGGCUACACUGACUAAUGUAGCCUCUGCCUAUGGAGAAACUAAUUAAAUAGGAAGUUUUAAAAUUAUUGUGUAGAUUUCACAGGUUUUUUUUUUUUUUAAAGAAAGAAUGCUUGUAUUCAGGGCUUUUUUUCUGGGGGGAAUGUGGUGGAACAGAGUUCUGGAACCUCUUUGUAGAAACAAAAUACUCAAAAACAUUGUUUAAAAGUUAAUGAGGAGCACCUGUGUGUUUCUCCUUCAUUUCCCUCUUGAGAGUUCUGCCACCUCUUUUUCCAGAAAAAAAGCCCUGCUUGUAUUAUAUGUGUUUAAUCUGCUAUGCUUGAAAGCUUUGUGGUACAACAGAAGAAGAAAAUCUAUUAAGAUAUAUUAUGCAAAUUCCCAGGUUUAAAGAAAAAAAUACUCUAAUUCUAACCAGAGUAAGCUUUUUUAUUUUUUUAUACAGUGGAAUAUUUUAUUCAAAGUAAAUUCUAAAGUGAAUAUAAUUGUUUCAGGUUUUUUUAUCUUUUCUACAGCAAAUUUAUAAUUUUACAAUUCAGCGUCUUUGGUUGUCAGCAACAAUUACAUCUUUGUGGCACAUUUUCUUUCUUUUUUUUACAAUUUGUAAAGGUGAAAUAGCUUUUAAUGAAUUUAUGUAGCAAUCAAACUAUCCUGUGGAUUGAUAAUAAAUAUUAUAUAUAGAUAAGUUUUUAAA